AUGCGAUUAGAUGAUUUGGCCUUAAUUCUGUCGAUUCUUUUCGCAUUUGGUCAAGCAUGUAUUCGAACGGUGCCCACAACGACCACGACAGUGAAACCAACCACUACCACAACCACAACCACGGCUACUACAGUAACGACGACGACUGGAACAACGACAACCACGACAAAGACGACUACAAAAACGACAACCACAGCGACGACCACACCGACGACCACUUCAACCACCACUUCAACCACCACUACCACUACAACAACACCACCACCAUGCGCUGGGUGUACACAAGCACAAACCGAGGCACUUGUCGACACGACCUCCUCUGGAUCUGCUCCGUUUACUAGUAUUACGAAAGGAAUGGACGCGAGCGGUUGUGCGACUUUCACAUUGACUUGCACCUCGACCGUUGCCGGUUUUGCAGCCACUGUUUCGUUCAAUAAAGACGCGGCUGGGUCGGAGACAGCCACACCGACAGUGACGACCACUAUAACAUGCGAUGCUGAAGGAAAUGCACUAGCAAAGACACAAGCCGGAGCAACGGUGGAGAUUACAUCGAUUGGAUGUUUCCCUGUCACUUGCAUGACAAAUCCUUCUUUAUGCCCA